UCUGUAGAGCGGACCCGGGAGACCUGAACGCCGCCAUGGCGACUUGCAUCGGCGACAAAAUUGAGGAUUUCAAGGUGGGGAACCUGCUGGGUAAGGGCUCCUUUGCAGGAGUCUACAGAGCAGUGUCCCUGAAAACAGGCCUAGAAGUGGCCAUAAAAAUGAUUGACAAAAAGGCCAUGCACAAAGUUGGAAUGGUGCAGAGAGUUCAAAAUGAAGUGAAGAUUCAUUGUCAGCUAAAACAUCCCUCUAUACUUGAGUUGUAUAAUUACUUUGAAGACAGCAACUAUGUGUACCUGAUAUUAGAGAUGUGUCAUAAUGGAGAAAUGAGCAGAUAUUUAAAGAACAGGAAGAAGCCUUUCUCUGAGGAAGAAGUUCGGCUCUUCAUGCAUCAGAUCAUUACAGGGAUGCUGUACCUUCAUUCCCAUGGAAUACUGCACCGAGACCUCACCCUCUCUAAUCUCUUACUCACCAACAAUAUGAGCAUCAAGAUUGCUGAUUUUGGGCUAGCGACCCAACUGAGAAUGCCUCAUGAAAAGCAUUACACGAUGUGUGGGACUCCCAAUUACAUUUCUCCAGAAAUAGCCACAAGAAGUGCACAUGGACUUGAAUCCGAUGUUUGGUCUUUGGGAUGUAUGUACUAUACUCUUCUGGUUGGAAAGCCACCUUUUGAUACUGACACAGUAAAGAACACCCUGAACAAAGUGGUAUUGGCGGAUUAUGAAAUGCCAGCAUUUUUAUCAGUAGAGGCUCAAGACCUUAUUCAUAAGUUACUUCGCAAAAAUCCAGCAGAUCGUUUAAGUCUUUCAUCUGUUUUGGAUCAUCCUUUUAUGUCUAAGUAUAACUCAGCAAGAAGUAAGGAUCUGGGAACUGCAGAGGAUUCAAUGGAUAGUGGAAAUGCAACCAUUUCUACAGCUUUUACCACAUCCUCCAGUGUAAAUAAUAGUGGCUGCUUAAAGGAAAAGAAAAGACUUUUAAUGGGCCAGCCACUCCCCAAUAAAAUGACUGUUCUUCCUAGAAAUAAGAACACCAGUGAGGUCUCUUCUGGGGAUGGAGGCAGUUCUUGUAACAACUGGGGACUUCCACCACAAGAAAUACCUAAUACUGGUAGAGGAAGAGCAAUGCCGUUGAUGGAAGAGCGACCACAUUCACGCUACCUCAGGAGGGCACAUUCCUCGGAAAGAUCUGGUACAUCCCUCAGCCAGAAUCAGGGAAUACCAAAUCAUGUGGAGAGAUGUCAUUCUAUGGAAACCCUCUCAAAACCCAGAGCAGGACUAAUAGAAAACAUGAAGGAUUUCUCUCCUACAAAUAGCCAUGGUGAUAUUCCUGCAGUGUUUAAAGAAAAACUUCCAUCUGGUUCUGGCUCAAUGGAAAAGCAUCUCUCUCCACCUGUUAAAGAUCAAGUUUGUUCAAAUUAUCUUUGUCCAAUGAAACCCAGCGCUGGCUUAUUAGAACCAAAGUCUCAAGCUGAAACAAUGCAGCAGUGGCUUGGAAACAUGCAACCAAAUGCUCCAGUGCAGGAACUUUCAUAUCACAACAGUGUUAGGAAUGCAAAUGGGGAUUUCCCAUUUCAUCUUGGUGCACCUCAAGAAAUGCUGAAAGAUGCAUGGAAUGGCUUAAAAGGCAAAAAGUCACAGGACAGUGCACAAACAACAAUGCCAGCUGGGGGAUCACUGGAUGGAAGGAAAUUCACCACCGGACUUUUCUGUAAAGCUGAAAAGUCCCUGCCGACAACUGCACUAGACCUUCAUCCAGUUUCUGAAACCAGAAAAAAAUGGGGCGAAGAACGACAAUACGGCCAUUCAAAACCUAUGCUGCGAAGUAUUGUACCUCCUCUGAACGCUCACAGAUUAAAACCAAUCAGACAAAAAACAAAAAAUGCAGUGGUUAGUAUUUUAGAUACAGGAGAAGUGUAUAUGGAAUUUCUGAAAGAAUAUGGUUCCUACGAAUUUGUAAAAGAAGUUAUGAGGAUAUCUUGUGAUGGAAGUGGGGUCACAGUUUAUCACCCAAAUGAAGGAAAAGGCUUCCCACUUAAAGACAGACCUCCACCUCCUCCUGAAGACGUAAAUACUUAUAGUUUUGACAACUUGCUAGAGAAAUACUGGAAAAAAUAUCAGUAUGCAGCCAAAUUUGUGCAGUUGGUAAGAUCCAAAACACCCAAAGUUACCUUCUAUACCAGAUAUGCAAAGUGCAUGUUGAUGGAAAACUCUCCUCCUGCAGAUGUGGAAAUUUGUUUUUAUGAUGGGGCAAAAAUACAUAAGUCAGCCGGUGUAAUUAGAGUAAUAGAAAAAUCUGGGAAAGCCUACACCCUAAAAGAAGAAAGUGAUUUAGAGAAGGAUAUGCAAAUAUAUGUGGACCAUGCAAAUGAGGGUCAUCGAAUUUGCCUGGCACUGGAGUCUGCUAUUUUGGCGGAAGAAAGAAGUGAAAGUGUUCCAUUUUUCCCCAUUAUUGUUGGGAGGAAACCAGGAAACCCGGAGUCUCCAAAGUCUUUGCUACCACCUCCUGCUACGUCCGGUACGUGCCCUUUUUUGAAUGAUGCUGCUUCACUGAAGGGAAAUACUGCUUCCAGAUCCAAAUGUUCCAGUCAAGCACCUCACCCAUCUAUGGCGUCAUAUGAAGGAUUCACAGCAGCUAUGACAGAGUCAAACUGCCCACCCGCUCUCCAAAACGAGUGUGUUGUAAAUUCAGCUCAACUCCUGAAGUCUGUCUUUGUAAAAAAUGUUGGCUGGGCCUCUCAGCUAACAAGUGGAGCUGUGUGGGUUCAGUUUAAUGAUGGAUCCCAGUUGGUAGCUCAGGCUGGCGUUUCUGCCAUCACAUAUACAUCUCCAGAUGGCCACACUGUUCGGUACGGAGAAAAUGAGAAAUUGCCUGAGUACAUCAGAGAGAAGUUGCAUUGUUUAUCUUCCAUUCUGGUGAUGUUUACCAAUCCAGUUGGACCCCACUGAAGCGAUCUGGAUAUGAAAGCUUAAUAACU